ACAGACACAAGUCUUGAAGCUCUGUCCUGGGAAAAUAUGGCAAAUAGUGCCUCUCCUGAACAGAAUCAAAAUCACUGCUCAGUCAUCAACAACAGUAUCCCACUGAUGCAGGGCAACCUCCCCACUCUGACCUUGUCUGGAAAGAUCCGAGUGACAGUUACUUUCUUCCUUUUUCUACUCUCUGCGACCUUUAAUGCUUCUUUCCUGUUGAAACUUCAGAAGUGGACACAGAAGAAAGAGAACGGGAAAAAGCUCUCAAGAAUGAAGCUGCUCUUAAAACAUCUGACCUUAGCCAACCUGUUGGAGACUCUGAUUGUCAUGCCACUGGAUGGGAUGUGGAACAUUACAGUCCAAUGGUAUGCUGGAGAGUUCCUCUGCAAAGUUCUCAGUUAUCUAAAGCUUUUCUCCAUGUAUGCCCCAGCCUUCAUGAUGGUGGUGAUCAGCCUGGACCGCUCCCUGGCUAUCACAAGGCCCCUAGCUUUGAAAAGCAGUAGCAAGCUCGGACAGUCCAUGGUUGGCCUGGCCUGGAUCCUCAGUAGUGUCUUUGCAGGACCACAGUUAUACAUCUUCAGGAUGAUUCAUCUAGCAGACAGCUCCGGACAGACAAAAGUUUUCUCUCAAUGUGUAACACACUGCAGUUUUCCACAAUGGUGGCAGCAAGCAUUUUAUAACUUUUUCACCUUCAGCUGCCUCUUCAUCAUCCCUCUUCUCAUCAUGCUGAUCUGCAAUGCAAAAAUCAUCUUCACCCUGACACGGGUCCUUCAUCAGGAUCCCCACAAACUGCAACUGAAUCAGUCCAAGAACAAUAUACCAAGAGCACGGCUGAAGACUCUAAAAAUGACAGUUGCAUUUGCCACUUCAUUCACUGUCUGCUGGACUCCCUACUAUGUCCUAGGAAUUUGGUAUUGGUUUGAUCCUGAAAUGUUAAACAGGGUGUCAGACCCAGUAAAUCACUUCUUCUUUCUCUUUGCCUUUUUAAACCCAUGCUUUGAUCCACUUAUCUAUGGAUAUUUUUCUCUGUGAUUGAUAGACUAUACAAGAAGUCAUAUGAAGAAGGGUAAGGUCAUGAAUCUCUCCAUCUGGGAAUGUUAACACAAAUGUUGGAGCAUGUUUACAUACAAACAAAGCAGAAUUUACACUUAAGUUAUCGUUCUUUUAGAACCUCCAUUUUCAGAACCUCAAUUAUUAAGGAAAAAUCUUCAGGAAAAAUACUAAAAUAUUUUCUCUUUAUCAUAAGCUUCUAAAUUAAUCUCUGCCUUUUCUGACCUCAUAUAACACAGUAUAUAGGUUUCUUAUCACUUUCUCUGUGCAUAAUAAUGUACAAAUAUUUAAAAUACCUGCAGCCUAAGGCACAAGAAUGCCAAAAAAUCAAAGGCGAGAAACCACAACACAGGUCUAAACUCAGCAUGCUUUGGUGAGUUUUUCUCCAAAAGGGGCAUAUUAGCAAUUAGAGUUUUAUGCUACAUAGUACAUAGAGCACAGAUCCCCUUGCCCGUAAGAUCAACUUUCCCUCCUAUAGUUAAAACGAAAAAAAAAAAAAACAAAUGGAUCUAUUUUUCUCUUUGGCUUCAAAAGCAUUCUGACAUUUGCAGGAGUCAGUCACCAACCCCACCAACCACUCCACCAACCUGACAAGACCAUGAGUAGUUCUCCUUCAUCCUAUUUAUGUGGUACAGGUUGUGAAGUACCUCUAUAUAAAGGGAAAUUUUAGAGGGGUUAGGAUUUGGACAGGGGUUUAGAACAUUCCUCUCUAAGCUGUAUAGUCUAUGAAGUUUGUGGCAAUUAACUGCCAUAAAAUAACAAUGUUUCCAAAUUCAACUAAGAAAAUACUCACACUGAGUAUGCUUUAUGCAUAAUAUGCCCUCUAUUUCAAUAAUGUGAAGAAUUUUUUGUCUAUCUCUUGAUCUCACUAAAUCCAUAUUUCGUAAAUAACUGAGAAAAAUGAAAACAAAAUUAAGCAAAUGCACAAGCAAAAAGAUGCUUGAUACAUAAAAGGAACUCUGGAGAGAAAACUACAGCUUCAGUCUGUACAGAUCAAAGAAGACAGCGUGUUGGGGGAAGGAGGGAAAGAUCUUGAUGCAGGGUUUCUUAAUCUGCAGUCCAUGCACAACACUAUACUUCCAUGUAAUAUUUUUAUUUCAGUCCUAUUUGUAUUAUUUUGUGCAUUUAAAAAACACAAUCUUAAGG